UUCGCUCUCAAACCAAUUUUCUCCCUCGCUCUGGUACACAACAGAAAUCUUUGUAAGGAAAACCCAAUCCAACAUCAAUCUCGAUCGAUUCAUGGUAGCUUAAAUCUUAGCCAUCUUCUUCUUUCCCUUAUUUGCAGACUCCUCUUCGAUAAGCUCGACGAGCUUCUAACUGUUCUGUUCAAUGAAUCAACCCUAAGUAUUCAUCUCACUUUGCCUAGGCAGCAACACAGGCGGUUUAAGCGGAGCCUGUUAUCUCUUUAACCCAAAAGCUGAAGAGAAAAGUUCAAGGCCAAGCCUACUGAUUACUACCACUUCUCCACUCACGAAGAGAUGGAUCUAGAUGAAUUUGUACAUGAAGAGAUGGGUUGAAUCCAAAAGCUAAAGAGAAAAGUUCAAGGGCAAGCCCACUGAUUACUACCACUUCUCCACUAACGAAGAGAUGGAUCUAGAUGAAUUUGUACAUGAAGAGAUGGGUUGAAUCCAAAAGCUAAAGAGAAAAGUUCAAGGGCAAGCCCACUGAUUACUACCACUUCUCCACUAACGAAGAGAUGGAUCUAGAUGAAUUUGUACAUGUUUUGCACAUUCCGAUUUUGAAUUUGGAGUUCAAUUGAAGAUUCAAAGCUAGUUGGUUCAAAAAAGAGGUUAGAGAUUUGGGGAACCUAAUUGGGUUGUACACAGAGUGGCACUCUCAUUUGCUGCUCAAUUACUCAUUCGAUCAGUUUGUGCAUGAAGUGCAACAAGUGGUGGCCACAAAAAGAGUCAAGGUCUAUUUGAUACUUGACUAAUUUAGCCUUGCUGGAGAGCUCCAAGAAACAAACAAGAAGAUAAUGUCGCCGUCCACACGAUCAUCAGCAUCUGCAAGAUCCAUAGCACUAAGGAUUAGGAGUGCGGCGAUGAAACGAUCAAGAUCAACAUCUGCCAUACCAAUAAAUGCAAGUAUUUCAGAGGUAGCUUCCUCCCCCAAAAAGCAGGUGACUCCACGAAAAAAGACUACUGCACAAAAGAAGUAUAAAACUACUAGAAAACCUUCCUCUCCCAAGAAGUGUCAAACUACAUCAAGAAAAGUGAAGCUGAUCAUGACUGCUGAGUUGAAGAAAGGAGCAUCAUCAAGUAAGUCGUCCAAAAAGUCAAGUUCCACAAACAACAAGGUCGCUGCUCAUGAUGAUGAUGAUGAUGAUGAUGAUGAUGAAAACGUAACCGGUGGAUUAAAGUUGUUGAAGCGAGGGAUGGUAACUAUGAGCCGCAUCACAAAUAGACUUAUCCGAGGAAAGAAGUUAACUGUCAAGUUCAAUGAUAAAGGGGAACCUGUUGGUAAGGUGGCAAAUGAAAUGCAGUCUUACAUAGGAGUGUUGGCUCGUACAAAGAUCCCAAUCUCAAUACCGGAUUGGAGAGACGUGGAUCCAGACGAAAAGGAAAAAAUUUGGGAAUCAAUAACGGAUGCAUUUGUCAUACCUAAAGAAUGUCGGAAAAUGGUGAUCACAUCAGCUGCAAAUAAAUGGAGAGAGUUCAAGAGCAAGUUGACCAAUUUAUACAUUAUCCCUUACAUGAAUGAACCUGAUCUCUUGGAAUUUCCACCGGAUGAUUACCGAAGCAUAACGAAGGACAAUUGGCAAACCUUUGUUGCUGACAGGCUUUCAGCUAGUUUUCUGGAAGUACGUGAGGCCCAAAUUAUGAAACGAAAGGAGAAUAAAUACCCUCACCGUAUGGCACGCAAAGGGUAUGCAAAUUUGCAAGAAGAAUUGUCUAAAAGUAUGCCGUUGGAACAACUGGAUCGAGCUACAAUGUGGAUUAAGGCAAGACAAGAUAAGAAUGGUCAGUUCAAACAAGCUGAGGACAAAUUAGUUAGAGAAUGGGGAUCUUUGUAUAAUCUCAUGAAGAGCAUUAUAGGGCUUGUAUAA